UCCCACCAUUGUGGAUCGGUUCACCGGUCGCAGUACACCUAUAGCUACGGUUCAAACCAGUACACAGUAAACUUGUGGAACGUAAAAAUGGCCCUCCCGGAGUAUUUUGAGUUAAGCAAUGGUGAUCGCAUGCCGAGGAUCGGCUUCGGAACAUGGCAGGCCUCCGACGAAGUAUUAGAAAAAGCCGUAGAUGCAGCCCUAGAAGUAGGGUACCGUCACUUCGACUCUGCGCGAGCUUACGAAAACGAAGCAGCCCUGGGACGUUCCCUGCGGCGGUGGAUUGGUGACAACCCUGCAAGGAGAAAGGAGCUUUUCGUUGUCACCAAGUUGCCACCUGGAGGUAAUCGCCCCGAGCUAGUACCAGAAUACUUCAACGCAUCAUUAAAAGACCUGGGGCUGGAAUACCUGGACCUGUACCUGAUGCACACGCCGUUCGCGUUCGAGCACGUGCCGGGAGACCUGCACCCGAAGAACCCUGACGGUUCCAUGAGGGUCGACCUCACAACUGAUCUCAUCGCUGUUUGGAAGAGCUUGUUAAAACUGAAGGAAUCCGGCGCCGUACGACACGUCGGAGUCUCCAAUCUGAACGCGGAGCAGCUCGCUAGGAUUUGUGCUGUGGAGAAACCGGCUUGCCUGCAGGUGGAAGUACACCUGCUGUGCCAGCAGCCGGCGCUGCUAGCCGAAGCCAAGAGGCUCGGCGUACCCGUGGUCGCGUAUUCGCCGCUCGGCUCCAAGGGUCUCGCCGACAUGCUGGCUGAAAAGACUGGGCGCUCGUAUCCCGAUCUACUGACGCUGAGGCCAGUGACCCGCGCGGCGGCGGCGCACGGGCGCACUCCCGCGCAGAUACUGCUCCGCCACGCGCUGCAGCGCGGCGUCGCCGCCAUCCCGAAGAGCACCAACCCGCAGCGGAUCAAACAGAAUAUAUCGGUGUGGGACUUUGAGCUGAGCGCUGCAGAGAUGGCAGAACUGAACGCGUUGGACCGCGGCGAGGCGGGACGCAUCUGUGACUUCAGCUUCUUCGCGGGCAUCGAGAAACAUCCCGAGUUCCCCUUCAAGAAGUAGCCUUACCGUUAUGAAUCGUAAAUACUAGGUGAUAGGGUUACUAUUACUUCGAGCUGAGCACCUCGGAGAUGGCGGAACUUAACGCAUUAGACCGCGGUCAGGCGGAACGUAUUUGUG